UCAUUCAAAUCGAGAAUUGUUCGAAAUAAAAAAGAAGGGUCGCCCUGUGUCUCAAUGCGAAUCCUGUAGACAAUUAAGAAAGACCAAACAAAUUCAUAUCAAGUGCAUGUGUCACUUGGAUAUCAAACUUGAAGAUGCAUUAAACGAUAAGAGCCAGUCAAUGUUUAGACACUCAGAAUUAAGUAAUGGCGGUAAACAAGCCAAGGCUCCUGUAGAUGUGGCUCAACGAACAACCAAUGUAACCUUAGCAUCGUCAUGCCCUGUCUGUGAUCGCCCCAGCCUUUAUUGUAACUGCAAACGAGCUAAACAGGAAUUGGAUUCAUCAGGCAACAGUAGUAGUGGUUCAGACGGUUCCGUAACACCGCCUGUGUACGGAUUAAAACGCAAUUCAGCUGGACUGAAUACUAUUUUACCUGUCUUGCGACACCUGACCAUCCCCAUUCAUGAUCCGUCCGAUGAUAUUGAUAGUGAUACUCCUAUUUAUAAAUCUCAUGAAGAAGUUAUCUCUGACAAAUCCGCUGUCCUAGGCGAAUUCACAAACACAAGUUCCGAAGAUUUACUCAAUCAAAUUUAUAGUGGCUUUAUUACUGAUAAAAAGACGCCCUCUUCUUCCCCUUUAUUAUUAAAAGAGGCGGAUCAUCAAUUAGCUGAAUUAUCCAAGGAUACAUAACUGUACACUUUCACGUAUCCAUCUAAUUCAAUUAUUCCUUAAUAAAUAAAAAAACCCAACUAGUAAUAAUACAACAUGUUUCUUAACUUACCAUCACUAGAAGAGAAAAUAAGCGGCAAGUACGGGUGAAAGAUCACAUCUCUGACCUCAAUGUCUAUUCUCGUACAUUUUUUGUAAGCAAGAAACAAGAAUAAUUAAAACUACGACUAUUGCGUUACCUUCGUGUUCCUUGAUGAUGGCCGAAACCUUGCCCGUCUUCAUAUUGAA